AUGCAGGAGUUUCAGGUGAGCAAGGUCUGGUUCAUUGUGGCUGCAUCUGACCAUCAGCCUUUGAAGUCUGGUUGUCCUAACUAUGAAGAGCCAGCCAUGGCUUCCCCAGCAGAGCCAGCCAGCUCACCAGGACGUCACUACCAGCUCUUCCAGCCCUGCAGCCCUCCGGAGCCCUGCAAACAAGCACUGCUGCUGGCGAGCCAAGGGGCAGGUUUGGGGGAGCUGGGGAACUUCUCAGAGGAAGCUCGCCCGCAGAAGCAGAGACGCGCCCGAGCCAAUUACAGCAGCUGGCAGCUGGAGGAGCUGGAAUCGGCCUUUGAGACCACACGCUACCCUGACGUCUUCAUGAGGGAGGCCCUAGCCCUCCGGCUAGACCUGAUAGAGGCCAGGGUUCAGGUUUGGUUCCAGAACCGCAGAGCGAAGCUGAGGAGACAACUGAAACUUCAGGGACGAGCUCUGGACCGAGCCCUCACUAGGGACUCGUCUGCCUCAGGACACAAGAAGCCCCAAGCCCCCCAGGAAAUGGAAGGUUCAACAGAACCUGCACUUCCCAAACUCCCUGAAGAGGACUGAGUAUGAUGCC